CGUUGUGGCAGUCAUUAUUUAGCCACAGAAGGCUUGUCACCUAUUGCUGCGUGUCUCAAGGACGGCUUCCCACGGGAUUCACGUAAUAUUAUACAUCUCUCCAUAACAUCAUGAAAGCAUGGAAAUGAAUGGUGAUUCAGCCUACUGAAUGACUCGUGUGUAACACUAUAGGCUAGAUACUGAUCGCUCCCGAAAACAAUCUUGGCACAAAGGCUAGAGGCUAUUCAACGCGCGAUGGUUGCGGUUCGUCAUGGAUCGUGUUCCAGUGACAUUUCGUUCCAUGGCAAGGACCUUUAGGUUUCAGAGGUGCCACUACCUACAGCAUCGAUCCCACAAGUACACGGACUACCGCUUUGUUUACACCAGUGCUCGUGUCCGGCACCUUUCCAUCAUAAAUGUCAGGAACAAUAAUAUUGUGCUUAUUUGCCAUGCAUUAUAUAAGGUUAUUGGUUUAGAUGCUAAUAUUGGCAUUAUUCAUCUUAGCCGUUGAUGCCUAGAUGAAGCAUCUCCUGGGCCCUCCUCCGGACGGCCUGUGCCCCGUCCCGUACUUGAAGGACAAAUGUGAUGCAGAUGACUGCCUCCAGGCAGGUAUCAGUUACUUGGCCUGCCACAGAGCAGAUAAUAGGUGGAAACUAGGCCUCCCACGUUAGGAAGGGGCGGGGCAAGUGAUGAGCACUGACCGCCGUUGGUACGAGCCACCCACACCUAGGGACUGGCGCCGCCCCAGCGCUACUGAGCUUCAACGUCUCCAGUCUUCCAUGUCUCUCCGGAAGGCUAUCUUGGACCGGACUACUUCCUCCACUCCUAUCAGCAAAACCCUGGAUCGCACCUCUCUUAGUACGUCUUCCUCUUCCAGCGGAAGGUCCGUUAUUCCUGAAGUGAACAAAAGUUUACUCGAGCGAAAUCUUCAGGAAUUCGUGUCCAAGGAACUACUGAAUGACCCGCUUAAAAGACCCAUAAGGCUUCCUGCUGGAAGAGAUAGUAGGCCGGCUAGUCUUCGUCGCAAUCAGUCGCUUGCAAAUCUAAAUGCUUCAUAUAUUUUAAAGAACUGGCAUGGCACGGAUGUUUUUGAAAGUGUGGUUACUACUCCAUCUCGCCCUCGAAGCUCAUCUAUGACUAAAUAUGCUCCUCUUCCUUCCAUUACUUCUGCAAAGAAUCCUGAAUAUCAGCCACCGCCACUUAUCAGGAGCAGAACUUUUGAUGUAAUUGAUACCAAAAUGAAAAAUUUGCCUACAGUAGAUGACUCCCAGGUGAACCAUGGCCAGGAGUCAGAAAAAGAAAAUGAGUUGGAGCCCCCUCUUCUGGUUACUGCAAGCAUUGAAGGAAAGACUCUACCGGAAUAUUUAUCUCAUGCGCGGGAUGGUCUCCUCAGAUCUCGUCCAGCAACGCGCUACGGACGAUCAGAAUUGUUCAAGUCAUUUGGGGAGAAUUAUCCUGUUGGGGUUGCUUGGGCAUCAGAAGGAACCUCACUAAAUCCAUUUCAGUUUUCUGUAAGCAAACACAAUAAAGAAUCUCUCUUCUACCCAUCCUACAGUGAAACUGACUUCGACCAAUGCACAUUUCCUGAUAAGCAAUAUGGAAACAAGGAAUUCCACAGCCAUAUAAUUCCUUGUCAAGAUUACCAGGAGAUGGCAGGUGAAAUGCAAGACAGUAGGAAGAAAAGAGACAUGACAGAUGAUAGUAAUGAUGACUGUAGCUGCAGUGAUCAAGAAAAUAAUGAUAAUGCUGAUGAAAUUGAUGAUGACGAUGAUGAUGAUGAUGAUGAGCUGAAUGAUGAUAAUGAUGAUGAUAGUGAUUAUGAGGAUGAUAAUGAUGACGAUGGUGUUGAUGACGGUGGUGGUAGUGGUGGUGGAAGUGAUGGUGAAAACAAUGAAAAAAUAAAAGAAGAGAACAAGGAAACGAUUUCACAGGCUGAGGAAUCUUCAGGAGGCAAUGAAGAUAUCCACAUAUACUUCAUGUUGCCAGACGACUCUCUCCUGGUAGUGCGCACAUCCUCUGACUGGAACUUGGCGGCGCUCCUGGGCGCUGUGGGUGGAAUGCGGAUGGGUGGACGUCGGCUGCAGGUGAUGCUGGACGGCGUGCAUGAACGAGACCUUAGCACCGGCAUCCAGGAUCUGGGCAUCGUCCACAACACCACUGUUUACCUGCUGCAUGCUGGGUAAUUGUGUGUGUGUGUGUGUGUGUAUGUAUGAGAGAGAGAAAGAGAGAGAGAGAGAGAGAGAGAAAAAAGGGGGUGCGACUGUGCUGAACUGUCACCUUCCUUUUCAUACUGCAAUUCACAAGUUAACAGGUGUUGUCAAACAUUUGCCAUGCAAAUUCACCAUUGUACAGUUUUAUGUACUGGUUCUUCAUAUGUGAUUCGCACCUAAUUUUUACUAAAUAAAAUGACAACGUA